AGGUGAAAGGGUGGCACGAGGGGAGUUCCUUUCAGCUGCUAAUGUGUAGGUGUGGCGUUCAUUCUCACAGUGUAAGGGAACACCGGCCCCUCGCUCUGUCAAUUCAACUUCCUUAGCUUCCAGCAGUCACAACAGGGAAACACCAAGGGUCCAGCACUGGAUGUCAGCGGGGCACACACAGCACUGGAAUCAUGGCCAGCAACAUUCAGAAAGAACAGAGCUGGAUUCCCAAGUUAUUUAAAAAGAAAACAUGUACUACCUUCAUAGAAGACACAAAGGACAGCAGCAGCCCAACAAAGCUGUGCCAGUGUGGGGCACUCAUGAUAAAUCAUGUAUCCGUUGCAAUGGAGGAUAAUUUUGGUGCAGCCAUGGUCAGUACGUGGAACUCUGCAGAACACACCACGGAGGAGCCCACCGAUGCUUAUGGAGACGUUGAGUUUGUGGGUGCUGGGAGGAAGCACAGCAAGUUCAUCCGCUUGUCCAAUGACACUGACCCAGCAAGUGUGUACAGUCUCAUAACGUACAACUGGAAGAUCCCUCCACCAAACCUGGUGGUCUCUGUUGUGGGGGGAGAUGGCGACUUUAAAAUGAAGACAUGGCUGAAGGACAUCCUGAGGAAGGGACUGGUGAAGGCUGCACAGAGCACAGGUGCUUGGAUAAUGACAGGAGGGAUGCAGGUGGGCAUUGGCAAAUAUGUGGGGGAGGCUGUGAGAGACCACGCCACCGCCAACUCCAAUUCCAGGACUAAAGUUGUUGCAAUGGGAAUCGCUCCCUGGGGAAUCGUACACAACCGGCAGAGCUUAGUGAACCCCAAGGGCUCUUUUCCAGCCACCUAUUACAUGGACAACGUGGAUGGCCCCACUUAUUCCCUGGACAACAACUACUCUGUUUUCCUCCUGGCAGAUGAUGGGACACAUGGACAGAUGGGCGGCGAGACAAGCUUCCGAUUCAGGCUGGAGGAACACAUUUCCCGACAAAAAACUGGAGCUGGGGGCAAAGGGAGCAUUGAAAUCCCAGUCCUGUGCAUGUUGAUAGCUGGAGAAUCAAAAAUGCUGGGGAGGGUGUAUAAUGCCACUAAAAGCCCUAUCCCAUGUCUGCUGGUGGCUGGUUCAGGAGGUGUCGCUGACUGCUUGGCCGAAAUCCUGGAGGAAUCCAUAGCCUUGGAGUCUAUUAGAGGGCUAAUAGAAGAAAAACUAAAACAUUAUUUUCCUAACGAGAACCUAACAAAAAUGGUGGAAAAGGUUGAGAGAAUUGUGGAGAACAGGGAUCUGGUUACUGUGUAUUCAGAUGCUGACGGGAUUGAGGACUUUGAAACUGUGAUCUUAAAAGCACUGGUAAAAGCUUGCAAGAAACAUUCAAGUGAUGCCGUAGAAUACCUAGAUGAGCUUAAACUGGCAGUAGCCUGGAACCGAGAGGAUAUUGCCAAAACUGAGCUGUUUCAUGGGGAGAUUCUCUGGAAGGCAACUGACCUCGAUGACACAAUGACUGAUGCCCUGAUAAACAACAAGCCCAAGUUUGUGAAGCUUUUCGUGGACAAUGGCUUGAACAUUGUAGAUUACUUAACCUAUGGGCGGCUCGAGGAACUGUACAGUUCUGUGCUGGACAAUACCCUUCUCUAUCAACUGCUAAAGAGCAAGCACGAUGAACACAGGAAUUCAAAGACCAAAGACCAUCAUGAAUUGCUAUUUAUGGAAUCUAAUGGCAAAGGAAGGGAAUUCAAACUCUAUGAGGUUUCCAAGAUCUUACGAGACCUGCUGGGUGAUGUCUGUACCACUUUCUACACACAUGUCCUGGGAAAUAUGAAAGGUUCUGUUAACAAAAGAAACUCAGGGAAAAAAUCUAUGGAGCAAAUCGCUGUGGAAAAGUAUCAACCAAGGAAGUCAACAUCCCCAUGGAUAGAUCUCUUUAUUUGGGCAAUAUUACAGAAUCGGGAUGAAAUGGCCACAUACUUCUGGGAAAUGGGCUCAGAGGCUGUAACCUCCGCUCUGGCUGCUAUGAAGAUUCUUAAGGAGCUGUCCCGGAUGGAGUCAGAGGCUGAAGAAUCCUUAGCCAUGAGGGAUCUGGCGGCAAAGUUUGAGCAGCUUGCUAUAGGAGUGUUUAAUGAGUGCUACAGAAACAGUGAAAAUCGAGCAUUCAAGCUCCUUGUGCGGCGCUCCGUCAUUUGGGGAGGAGCCACAUGCCUGCAGCUGGCUUAUGAGGCUGAUGCCCGCAACUUCUUUGCCCAGGAUGGCGUACAGUCAAUGUUAACAGAGAACUGGUGGGGGCAGAUGGCUCAGAACACCCCAGUGUGGGCGAUGGUGCUGACUUUCUUCUGUCCGCCUCUGAUUUAUACAGACCUAAUCACAUUUAAGUCUAUUGACCAUGAAAAUGGAAUAGAAAGUGCUCAGCGAAUGGAAAUGGACAGCCUGGAUACAGACAUAAAGACUACUGUUGCAGAAAUCAUGGAAGGGGAAGAGAAGGAUGACAAUGCAGAAGAGGUACCACUCAAAAAGAUGAGUGUGAAAAAAUCAAAAACGAAAAAGGCUCCCGAAGCAGAAAUCAUCAAAGAGAAACAGCGGCCAAGGUGGAUGCAGCGCUGGAAGCAGUUCUGGAGUGCGCCGGUGACUGCCUUCUUCGGCAACGUGGUCAUGUACUUCGCUUUCCUCUUCCUUUUCUCCUAUGUGCUGCUGUUGGAAUUCAAGAUGCCUCCCCCGGAUGGCCCUGCAAACUCAGAGUUUAUACUUUAUUUUUGGAUUUUCACAAUGGUGUGUGAGGAGAUACGGCAGAGUUUCUUUGUGGGCACCAUGCCUGUGGCGCAGAAGGUCAAGCAGUACUUGCAGGAUUCCUGGAACCAUGUUGACAUCAUAGCUUUAUGUCUCUUUAUCAUUGGGCUGAUUUGCAGGAUGUUUAAUGAAUCGUUUGAAGCUGGCCGCACCAUCCUCUGCUUCGACUUCAUGGUCUUUACUCUCAGGCUGAUCCACAUCUUUGCUGUCAACAAACAGCUGGGGCCAAAAAUCAUUAUAGUCAGAAAGAUGAUGAAAGAUGUUUUCUUCUUUCUCUUCUUCCUGGGUGUCUGGCUCAUUGCUUAUGGAGUUACCACCGAGGGCCUGCUUCAUCCCACCGACAUGCGCCUCAGCUGGAUCUUCCGCCGGGUCUUCUACAGGCCUUAUCUCCAGAUCUUUGGUCAAAUCCCACAGGAGGAAUUUGAUGCUUCCAAGAUUGCUUCUUCCAACUGCACAAAUGACCCUAUCGCCAUCAUGCUAGAAGAAGCAGAGCCUUGUACCAACACAUAUGCCAACUGGCUGGUCAUUCUCCUGCUUGUCGUUUUCCUGCUGGUUGCCAAUAUCCUUCUUCUGAACCUGCUGAUUGCCAUGUUCAGUUACACCUUCUCCAAGGUCCAAGGCAACAGUGAUAUCUAUUGGAAAUUCCAGCGUUACAAUUUAAUAGUGGAGUAUCACAACCGCCCGGCCCUCGCUCCUCCAUUCAUCAUCAUCAGCCAUAUCAACACCUUCAUCAAGCGCAAGAUUCGCAAGGUGGCAUCUCAGAAGAUCAGACAUUUCAUGCUGGAACUGACAGAGACUCUAGACAAUCGAAUGCUCAUUUGGGAAGCUGUGCAGAAGGAGAACUACAUGGUCAGUGUUGCCAAGCAUAAAAGGGACAGCGACACGGAACGUCUGCGCAGAACCUCACAAAAGGUUGAUAAUGCCUUAAAACUGCUGAAUGAGAUUAAGGAACAUGACCGAAGGUUGAAAGCAAUGGAAAAUGAGAUGGAAUACUGCCGUAACGCACUUUCCUGGAUAGUAGAAGCACUUCAACAGAGCGAGGUUGUGAAAACCACUAGGAGUCCCCCAGUUUUUAGUGAAGGUUAAGGAAAUCUCUAUUCAGCCGAGAAAGAAUUGCUGCUACCAACUGCUGAGGCUUCCACCAUCUUCUCUUGCCCCUAUGGACCAGUAGUCUACCUGUUCUUUGCUACGUUCAUAGAAUUUCAUCAGUGGUUUAGUCAGUGACAUGAACCUCUCACCCCACAAAAAACAGGGCGCCUAGAGUCACAGUUUCUCAAUACUAAGAACUUCAAUACUGUAGGAAAAUCUUUUUUCUUGAUGGACAAUGGAAUUCCUGGUGUAAGACUCAAUAUUCCUAGAGCGGACCCUUUCCAUGUGUAAGAACAGGAAGGAUUUGCCUUCUCAUCCAGCCUCCAAGUAUGGUACAUACAGAACUUUUUGUCUCAUCUCAACACAAGGAAUCUCAAUGUAGCUCUGAGCUGGCAAUGAACAGAGAUGGACCACAUGGACCACAUACAGUGACUGCUGAGUGCCGCACACUUGGCUGGACUUUCUGCACUCAUGGCUGUUAUAGGGCUGUCUGUAGUGCUGCCCACUCUUUCAUGAUUACUAAUUUCAACUAAAUGUAUGACUUCUCCAAAGAGAAGUUCAAAAAUUUUAAAGGGGAACUCCACCCAAACACAAGCUUUUUGAAAAGUAACCAUAAUAUCAAGCAACUUUGCAAUAUACAUCAAGUAAAAUAUGCAGCCUUUUCAUGAUUUUAUUGUAAUAAUCUGGUU